UUCCUGCUGGUCUGCUACAGCAUGAACCGCCUGCUGCUCGCCCGUGCUCGGCCCGCGCUGCAGCGGCUGUGCGUGAGCCACUUCUCCGCUCCCGCCGCGGCCAUCCCGACCCCCAGCACCCAGCCCGAAGUCCACUACAACAAGCUUUUUAUCAACAAUGAAUGGCACGACGCAGUGAGUGGACGAACUUUCCCCACGAUCAACCCUUCCACCGGUGAGAUCAUCUGCCAGGUGGCCGAGGCGGACGCGGCAGAUGUGGACAAAGCGGUGCAGGCUGCCCGGCAGGCCUUCAGGCUGGGCUCUCCAUGGCGCCGCAUGGACGCCUCCCACCGCGGCCUACUGCUCAGCAAGCUCGCUGACGCCAUCGAGAAGAACGCAGCCUACCUUGCAGAGCUGGAGACCCUAGACAAUGGAAAGCCGUACGCCGUAGCCUACUGUGUGGACCUGCCCAACGUGGUCAAGUGCCUCAGAUACUACGCGGGCUGGGCAGACAAGUGGGAAGGAAAGACCAUCCCCAUUGAUGGAGAUUUUUUCUGCUACACUCGCCAUGAGCCUGUGGGCGUGUGCGGACAGAUUAUACCGUGGAACUUCCCUCUGCUGAUGCAGGCCUGGAAACUGGGCCCGGCACUGGCCACAGGGAACACGGUGGUGAUGAAGGUGGCCGAGCAGACGCCCCUGACCGCUCUGUUUGUGGCCAGUCUCAUCAAGGAGGUGGGCUUUCCUGAAGGAGUGGUGAACAUCCUGCCCGGCAUGGGUCCCUCUGCUGGAGCAGCCAUCGCCAGGCACAUGGAUGUGGACAAAGUGGCCUUCACCGGCUCCACUGAGGUGGGGCAUCUGAUCCAGCAGGCCUCUGGCAGCAGUAAUCUGAAGAAGGUGACUUUGGAGCUUGGUGGGAAAAGCCCCAACAUCAUCCUGUCUGACGCUAACAUGGCGGAGGCUGUGGAGCAGGCCCACUUUGCCCUCUUCUUUAACCAGGGCCAGUGCUGCUGUGCAGGCUCCAGAACCUACGUCCAGGCCGACAUCUACGAUGAGUUUGUGGAGCGGAGCGCGGAGAGGGCCAAGAAUCGUGUGGUGGGGGACCCCUUUGACCUGCGCACAGAGCAGGGCCCUCAGGUGGACCAGGAGCAGUUCAACAAGAUCCUGGGUUACAUCAGCAGUGGGAAGAAGGAGGGGGCGCGGCUGCUCUGUGGGGGAGGGGUGGCGGCUGACCGGGGAUACUUCAUCCAGCCCACUGUGUUCGGAGACGUCCAGGACAGCAUGACAAUCGCCCAGGAGGAGAUCUUUGGUCCCGUGAUGCAGAUCCUCAAGUUUAAAACCCUGGAGGAGGUCAUUGAACGAGCCAACGACACCAAGUACGGCCUGGCAGCUGCCGUGUUCACCAGAGACAUCGAUAAGGCCCACUACAUCUCCAACGGACUGCGUGCUGGCACUGUGUGGAUUAACUGCUACGACGUGUUCGGGGCGCAGGCUCCGUUUGGGGGAUACAAGGCCUCAGGGAACGGCCGGGAGCUGGGAGAGUACGGCCUGGAGGGUUACACCGAGGUUAAGACGGUUACCAUCAAGGUGCCCCAGAAGAACUCUUAAAAAAACAGCAGCACAUCAAAGAAGAAUCAUUUAACCUGCCACAGCACUGACUGUUCACCUGUCACCCAUGUAUGAAUGAACACAAUAAAUCUAUUUCACAAA